AUGUUUGGAUCACGCAAGCUCUACGUCUCGCUCCUCGGAGCUUUGGCUUGGUCAGGUACAGCUGCUGACACGGUCUUGUCAAUUGUCGAGGCCGCAGCUAUCUCCACCACACAGACCUCCCUCUUUCAUAUUGCUACUGUAGCAAGUGCACUAGAUGCUGUAUCGUUGUGUUGCGUUAUUUUCUACAUUGUCCAAGAUGUACGACGAAGAGACGGGUUUAUGGAACGAUCGUCAAAAGCAAGGAGGGUGCUGGUCGGUGUCAGUGUGGUUUUAUCGUCUGCUGCAUUGAUCGUGUCGCUCAUCUUGAUCAUUUCCAUCAAUACAAAGUGGGACCAGGUCAUUAGCACCUCAUCAGCAGGCCCAGUCUCAAACUGGGACGGUGUCUAUGCUGGUCACGUUGUUGCAUGGGCGGUCUCAUGCAUUGGUCAGAUCGCGUUGUACUCUUCCACUUUCUGGAAGCGCCACACACCCAAGCUUCAACCGAUCACCGUGUCUGGUCCGAGAGACUCUGUCAUGUCCCAGAUGCGAAGCGCGCAGCCAAACAGUAACAUGUUUACUAUGAAGCCUGCUCAGCCAUCCUCUCCACUGGACAACCUGGGUGCUCUCCCUUCACCAACCUACUCGACCCGCUCAUCGCAGUCGCUCAAGUCCUUUCGGGAGUCCAUUCGAUACGCCGUUCGACCUGUAACAUCCCGUUCUACCCUGAUCAGCCGGCCUUCGUUCAACCGGGACGCAAGAAGCAUCUAUUCAGAUGCCCACUCCAUCGACAACGUGUCCCACUCAGAUGGAUUUGAUAGCUGGGACACUAGCAGUGUGAGUAACCAAGCCCGAGAUGCAGUUAUGCAUGCUCCAUCAAAAGGCACACCAUUGGAUACAAUCCCGGGAAGUCGAUCUAUGACUCCAGCGCGAGCCCUGGAUGGCCCUUUCCUACCUGAGAUCGACGAAGAAUUGGCUGAGGAAGAGCUUGUUGCACCGCGCAUGAUUCCAGACGUGUCAAGACCACCCAGUCCAGCGGUGAGCGAGGCGCAUAUUCACCCUCUUUUCAGGAGCGAGAGUCCUAUCCCCCCACCGGAGGCCACACCCGGUACAAGCAUUGUGGCCAGCCCUCUUGCAGACCAAGUCAUUGCAUGCCCGGCGCGGCCUUAUAACCGCAUGCGAUCAAACAGCAACCUGCGCAACAACACCACAAGCCCCAGCCCUCUCGUUCCGGCUCAAAGUUUCCGAGGCCGCGCACUCAGCCAGAGCGCUGGAGACAGGACGCCUUCUCCUCCUAGUAGGGAGAUGACACCCCCCAUCCCUGACUUCGUUCUCAACUCAUCCCCACGCAGCAGCCUAAGUGGAUCACGUAAAGUCAGUCUGCGCAACUCACCCGACCGGUGA